AUGGUGCGCGUCAAAGAGCGUUACCUACUGGUCAACAUCCUCUACCCUCGCGACGGCACAGCCGACUCCAAGAACAGCAAUGGCAACACCAACAGUCAGGAACAGCCUCAUUUCGUCGCCGUACGCCGCCCGACGCAGAGCGACCUGACGCGACAGCUGCUCCUGCGCGGCAUCAAGUCCGAGGCGAAGGCCCUCUUUGGCGACUGCGGUGCCGGCGCCGUCGAACGGACCCUCAGUGUCAAAUACUUUUCUCGAGCCACGUCCACCUUUAUCCUCCGCAUCACCCGCGAACACGUGCGCUAUGUCUGGACCGCCCUGACGUUCAUGCGCCACGUACCCGUCCGCAACGGCCGGCCCUGCGUCUUCCGCGUGUCGCGCGUCGGCGGCACCAUCCGACAGGUCGAGCAAGAAGCCAUCCGCCAGGCCCGGACGCUGGUCCUGGCGACCAAAGCACACAUGGCUGGCAACACGACGUCGGCAUUUGAGCUGCUGACACAGUCGGCAGCGGCAACGAAAGGCACCGGGCAAGGAAAGCAGGCAAAGAACCUGUUGGCGGAUGUCAUGUCCGACGACGACGAUGACAGAAACGAGGACGAGGAGGACGACUUUUCGGAUUUUGAAGACGGCAACGGCGAGGGCAUGGAGGAUGACGGAGGCGAAGCAGCAGGCCUGGACUGA